CGGUAUCAAAUAUACAAAUUUCCCUUCAACACAAAUAACACAGCGUAAGCAUUGUCCGUCCCCCACUCCCCGUUCACAGCUACCACUUCCCUCGCACCUAAGAAGAAUCUCAUUCGAGAGAGGAAACUGUAAUAAAAAAAUGCAAGCCCUGCAUAAACGACUCUCUCGGGCUCUUUUCUACUACCACGCUUCGAUUCGAUCGAUAAAUGGUAGUCAUAAUUCACUUUUCUCACAUAGAACUGUCACCACUUGCAGCCAACAAUCGAGAUGUCAGCCGCCAAUUUGUGACCUUCUCGCCUCACCGUGGUCUGCCAUCCAGCUCCGAUGUGCUAGAUUCUCCGGCGCUGAUGUGAGACCAGGAAAUGUCAUUGAAAGGAGAGGAAAGAUUUAUGAGGUCAUAAAAGCGCAGCAUACAACCCAAGGAAGAGGGGGGGCAAUAAUACAGAAUUUACAGGUGGAGCUCCGGGAUAUUGAUAGUGGAAACAAAUUAAAUGAAAGACUGCGAACCGACGAAACAGUUGAAAAAGUGUAUGUCAAAGAGAAGUCUCUAACGUACCUCUACACUGAUGAUGAAACUGGAAAUGUUGUGCUAAUGGACUCUGAAACAUACGGGCAGCUGGACGUACCAAAACACUUGUUUGGUGAAUCUGUUGUCUAUCUUCAAGAUGAUAUGAAAGUGAUUGUGCAGCUCUAUGAUGAAAGACCAAUGUCUGCAUCAGUUCCUCAUCGAGUGACGUGUACUGUAACAGAAGCGGCUGAGCCUAUAAAGGGAAUUGGAGCGACUCCUCAUUAUAAGAAGGUUUUGUUGGAUAAUGGUCUCACGAUCCAGGUACCGGCUCAUAUUUUAUCAGGAGAUAAGAUUCUUGUCAAUACCACUGACAACUCUUACAUUAGCAAGGCUUGAGAGGAAUUUUUCUAAAUAUUCAACUGGAUCUGCUUGAGUUUCUCAUUUUUGCAGAUGAUGCUUUUCUGAAAAUUAAUUCAAACCCCGGGUGAUCUUGUACUUGUUCGAGGACUAUUAUAUUAAUAAUUAUAGUUUUAGAAAAGGUAUGCUGUAAUAUGCCACAUUGCAGUUGUUAACAUCCCAUUGCGUGCAUGGGGAUUUUUUAAAUUUUCCUGCAUUUUCUUUUGGGAUCAGUUCUUAUUUGUGAAACACUAGUGAGGGAUCAUGUGCACACGAUUUGUUGGCAGAAAUGUCUGUUUGAUAAUGUUUAUUUAGUGUAAAAACCAAAUUUUGAUGUUAAAUUGAGAAUUUUUUUGCUUUA